AUGAAUAAUACAAUUUCAAUUUUUCAAAAUAUUGAUGCUUUGAUAACAUCGAAAAGUUUAUUUAAUAAAUCAAUAGAAACACUCGGUUCAAUAACAUAUCCUGAUCAAUCAAUUUUUAUUCAAUUAAAUGAUCAAUUAUCUGAGUUAACAGUUAAAGAUGAUGAAUUAUUUACAUCUAAAACUGAUUAUUUAUCUUCAUUAUUACUCUUUCUUUUUGAACAUAUUCCACUUGAAAUUGAUCUUAAUUUAUUAACAUCAACUCAAAUUGAUUAUCAUCAAGUUUUAUCAUCAACUAUGAAAAUUUAUAAACCAAAUCUUUUACCAUCAAAUCAAAAUAUAAUUCAAUAUUCAUCUGAAUCACAAAUGAUUCUCAAUCAUCUAUAUAAAUUUUUACAAAUAAACAAUUUAGAAGAAUUUCUUCUUUUAAAACAACAUACACAACCUAUUUAUCUUCAUUGUCUUCAUCAUCUACAACCAUUAUUAUUAAAGACGACAUAUGAUAAAUAUCCUAUUGCUAUUAAAUUAUUUGUUCAUAUUAUUAAAUCAAUGCAUCAGUCAUCACUAUCUGAAACAUUUGAUUUAAUAUUUCCUGUUUGUUUAAUGACAUUAGAUGAUCCAUCUAUAGAUAUGAAAUUAAUAAGUCUUUAUUUAUUGGAUCACUUACAAAGACAUUGUACAUCAACAGAAUUAUUAUUAUUUAAUCGUGCAAAUGUUAUUAUGUAUGGUCUUGAACAAAAUUUAUAUCAUCGUGGUGAUCGUAUUAUAUUAUUUGAAUGUUUAUUAGCAACAACAUAUCGUUGGUUAAAUAUUCUUGAAAAUGAAAUUUAUUCUGGUAAACAUUUAUUUAUACGUACAAGUCAACUUAUUGAAAGAUUUAUUCAUGACAGUUUAUUAGAAACAAAUAUUGAAUAUCGUCGACAACUUAUCAAAAUACUUCAAUAUUAUAUAAAUCGUCUUGAAUUAUUUGCUAUUCGUCAUUUAAAACAUUUUAUUGAACUUAUUGAUGAUUCUAUUGAUAAUCGUUUAUUACGAUCUGAUUCAUUAAAAUUACUUUUAAAAAUUAUUGAAAUACUUAAACCACGAAUUAAUGUUCAUCGAUAUGAUAUUAUGAAAAUAAUAAUUCGUUGUUUAUUUAAAAUUAUACAUGAAGAUAAAGAAAAUAAAACAAUAAUGAAUCUUUUUAAAAAAUGUUUAAAAGAAUUUCAUUCAUGUACGAUAGAAGACAAUUAUGUUCAAGAUGCUCUUCGAUCAUUGAUUGAAACAUCUCAAUUAGAUUUAUUUUAUCGAGAACAUUUACAAAAACUUCUUGAAACUAUUGAAGAAAAUUAA